CCACCACCACCUCUCACAACCAUCGCCAGCAACGACGUGCCCCGCGACCGUCGUUGGUGUCACAAUCACAUCGAGCGACCCCCGUCGAGCUCGACGUCUGCAUCCUCCCCGCGGGACCCUCCCUCGAGACAUCUCCGGGCUGAUCCGCGACAACCCAAAAGUCGGGUCUCCCCUCCGACCUGGUGGGCGGCCGCUUGUCUCGCCAUGGCGCCGCUCGUCGACAACGCCCAGAUCAAGAGCGCGGAGCUGCUCUCGCCGCUCCCGCUCUACCUCCACGCCUACGUCUGGCCCUUUGCCAUCGCCUGGCCCAUCUUCCUCCGCUACUUCCUCACGCCCGAGCUCUAUGAGAAGCACAUCUCGUCCUCCGAGUGGACCUUUGUCUGGUGCGGCUCCAUCAUCACCUUCCAGAGUCUCGCAUGGCUCUGCACCAAAUGGAGCGUCAACCUGCGCGCCUCCUUCACUGCCAAAAAGGCCACCACCGUCGACAAUGGCAGUCUCGUCAAGGUCAUCCCCAUCGCCAACGCCGGCUCGCCCGACAUCUGCCCCUUGAUCCGCGAGAAGGUUGGCGACAAGACCAACAUCUCGUUCCUCUUCCAGAAGCGCCGGUUCCUCUACAAUGAGGCCGAGAAGACGUUCCGCCCCCUGACCUACGACAUCGACGCCGACCCAAAGCCGACCAUUGGCUCCUACCAGAAGACGCGCGGCAUCACGAGCCAGGCCGAACUCACCCGCAUCGAGCAGUACUACGGCACCAACACCUUCGACAUCCCCGUCCCGACCUUCACCGAGCUCUUCCAGGAGCACGCCGUCGCGCCCUUCUUUGUCUUCCAGAUCUUCUGCGUCGGCUUGUGGAUGCUCGACGAGUACUGGUACUACUCGCUCUUCACCCUCUUCAUGCUCGUCGCCUUCGAGUCGACCGUCGUCUGGCAGCGCCAGCGCACCCUCAACGAGUUCCGCGGCAUGAGCAUCAAGCCUUACCACAUGUGGGUCUACCGCCUCGGCAAGUGGAUCGAGACGACCAGCGACCUGCUCCUCCCCGGCGACCUCGUGUCGGUCAACCGCACCAAGGAGGACAGUGGUGUCGCAUGCGACAUGAUCUUGGUCGAGGGUACUGCAAUCGUCAACGAGGCCAUGCUUUCCGGCGAGAGUACCCCCUUGCUCAAGGACUCGAUCCGUCUCCGGCCAUCCGAGGCGACUCUUGAGACCGAGGGCCUCGACAAGAACUCGUUCCUCUGGGGCGGCACCAAGGUCCUCCAGAUCACCCACGGUAAUCCCGACGAGGAAAAGCCCAAGCUCGCCUCCGGCGUCCCGACCCCUCCCGACAAUGGCGCCAUGGCCGUGGUCAUCAAGACCGGUUUCGAGACGUCCCAAGGCAGCCUGGUCCGCACCAUGAUCUACUCGACCGAGCGUGUCUCUGCCAACAAUGCCGAGGCCUUGUACUUUAUCCUGUUCCUGCUUGUCUUUGCGAUCGCCGCAUCCUGGUACGUCUGGGACGAGGGUGUCAAGAAGGACCGCAAGCGGUCUAAGCUCCUGCUCGACUGUGUCCUCAUCGUCACCAGCGUCGUCCCUCCCGAGCUGCCCAUGGAGCUCAGUCUCGCGGUCAACACUAGUCUUGCGGCCCUUGCUAAGCUCGCCAUCUUCUGCACUGAGCCGUUCCGCAUUCCCUUUGCUGGCCGCGUCGACGUCGCCUGCUUCGACAAGACUGGUACUCUGACCGGCGAGGAUCUCGUCGUUGAGGGUAUUGCUGGUCUUGGCCUUGGCCACUCUGGUACUGACACCCCUCGCGAGUCGGACGGCGCCCAUAGCCACAUGACUGCUGUCAAGGAGGCCGGUAUGGAGACAACGCUUGUUCUGUCCACGGCCCAUGCUCUUGUCAAGCUUGAUGAAGGUGAGGUUGUCGGAGACCCCAUGGAGAAGGCUACCCUCGCGGCCCUUGGCUGGACUCUUGGCAAGAACGACAUCCUCCAGGCCAAUCCUCACGUUGCUGCCGCCGGUGGUACUGCUGGCUCCGUCCAGGUCAAGCGCCGUUUCCAGUUCUCGUCUGCCCUCAAGCGCCAGAGCUCCGUUGCCACGGUCAACGCCAUGGACAAGGAUGGCCGCAAGAUCCGCGGCACGUUCGUCUCCGUCAAGGGUGCUCCCGAGACCAUCAUGAAGAUGCUGGUCAACGUGCCUGCCGACUACGAGGAGACCUUCAAGUACUUCACCCGCCGCGGUUCUCGUGUCCUGGCCCUUGCCUACAAGCAGCUCACUACCGACAGCGAGCUUGGCUCCGGCAAGAUCAACGACCUCAAGCGCGAGAAUGUCGAGUCUGCCCUCAACUUUGCCGGUUUCCUUGUGCUGCAGUGCCCUCUCAAGGAUGACGCCAAGGAGGCGGUGCGCAUGCUCAACGAGAGCAGCCACCGUGUCGUCAUGAUCACCGGAGACAACCCGCUCACUGCCGUCCACGUCGCUCGCGAGGUCGAGAUUGUCGAUCGCGAUGUCCUGAUUCUGGAUGCCCCCGAGAACAACGAGGGUGGUCAGAGUCUGGUCUGGCGUAGCGUUGAUGACAAGGUCCAGAUUGACGUUGACCCGUCCAAGCCGAUUGACCCCAGCAUCCUCAAGGACAAAGAUAUCUGUGUCACUGGCUACGCUCUCGCAAAGUUCAAGGGCAACGAGGGUGCCUGGAAGUCUCUGCUCCGUUACACCUGGGUGUAUGCUCGCGUGUCGCCCAAGCAAAAGGAGGAGAUCCUGCUCGGCCUCAAGGACAUGGGAUACUACACUCUGAUGGCUGGCGACGGCACCAACGACGUCGGUGCGCUCAAGCAGGCGCACAUUGGUAUCGCCCUGCUGAACGGCACGAACGAGGACCUGACGCGCAUCGCUGACCACGCUCGCAACACCAAGAUGAAGGAGCUCUACCAGAAGCAGGUCGACCUUAUGAAGCGCUGGGGCCAGCCUGCCCCCCCUGUUCCUGUCCUGAUUGCCCACCUGUACCCUCCUGGACCCUCGAACCCCAACUUCCGCAAGGCCAUCGAGCGCGAGGCCCAGAAGAAGAACGUCACCCCGGAGGUCUACGCUAAGUCUAUCGGUGUCGACGACAUCGAGACCAUCACCACCCCUGCCGCGCAAGAGCUCAUCAAGAACGACCCCAAGAAUGCUCGUCAGCAGCAGGCACAGAAGAAGGCUGCGAGCAUGGCCGACCAGAUGACGAGCAUGAUGAUGAGCGAGGACAUGUUGGACGAUGGCGAGCCGCCGUCGCUCAAGCUCGGUGAUGCCUCGGUCGCCGCUCCCUUCACCAGCAAACUUCGGAACGUCAUCGCCGUGCCCAACAUCAUCCGCCAGGGCCGCUGCACUCUCGUCGCCACGAUCCAGAUGUACAAGAUUCUCGCGCUCAACUGUCUGAUUAGUGCCUACAGCUUGUCGGUACUGUACCUGGAGGGUAUCAAGUUUGGUGACGGCCAGAUCACAAUCAGCGGCAUGCUCAUGUCGGUGUGCUUCCUGUCCAUCUCCCGCGCCAAGUCUGUCGAGGGCCUGUCCAAGGAGCGUCCCCAGCCCAACAUCUUCAACGUCUACAUCAUCGGCUCUAUCCUCGGACAGUUUGCGAUCCACAUUGUCACGCUGAUCUACGUCUUCCACUUGUGUGACCGCAUUGAGCCCCGCUCCGAGAUUGUUGAUCUCGAGGCCGAGUUCGCGCCGUCCCUGCUCAACAGCGCCGUCUACCUGCUCCAGCUCAUCCAGCAGAUCUCGACGUUUGCCAUCAACUACCAGGGCCGCCCCUUCCGCGAGUCCAUCUCGGAGAACAAGGGCAUGUACUGGGGCAUCAUUGGCGUCACGGCCAUCGCGUUCAGCUGCUCGACCGAGUUCAUCCCGGAGAUCAACGACCAGAUGAAGCUGGUCAAGUUCACCGACGAGUUCAAGUUCAAGAUGACGAGCGUCAUGAUCCUCGACUACGUCGGCUGCUGGGUCAUCGAGGUCAUCCUCAAGCGCAUGUUCAGCGACUUCCGCCCGCGCGACAUUGCGCUGCGCCGCCCGGACGAGCUCGAGCGCGAGAACAAGCGCAAGGCCGAGGAGCAGGCCGUCAAGGACGCCGCCGAGGAGGAGAAGCGCGCCGCCAAGGUGGCCGAGUUUGAGAGGAAGGUCGAGGAGCGCAAGGCCAAGCUCGAGGCGUGGGCCAACAAGCGUGGGAGCGGGCCCGCCAUUCCUGCUGCUGGCGCGUCGACGUCGGUGGCUGCGCAAUAGCCUGAGAGAAAAAGAAGAGCUGGAUUUGAUGUGGCAGCUGGUGGUGGAGUAAGUCGAGACGCGAGAUGAUGCAGAGGUGAUGAGUGAAGGCUGGAUAUAUCAUCACCCGCAGCACGUGUAUAUCCAGGGAAAAAGACAGAAGGGUCCACCUUUGCACUCGGAUUCCAGGCCAAGAUAUUGCGCUGAAUAACGACCGAUCCCCGGGUUUCGAGCCGAGCUACUCGGGGCAAGCCUUCCUCGUCCUUUUGGGGUCCUCUGAAUGUGUGCGAAGUGUGUCGUCAAAGGGGGGAGAAAGGAGAGAAAAAGGAACUAGAAUAGAAAUGUACCAACUCUAUAAUUACAUUAUACACAAUACACCAGCGCAUUAAACACAUACACACUGCG